UCUUAAAAUAAUUUUAAAAUUAUUUGAUAUUGCCGCAUGUCCGAUCUCUAAUCGACUCCCAUCAAUGGGCAACAAAAAUCCAAAAACGUCAACUAAAAAAUUCUUUUCUAAUUUUUUAAAUUUUUUCCCUUGCUCUUUCUGCUUUCUAAACUUUAUCAAUUUUUGAAAACUCCAAGUUAAUGUUAUUUACAUUAUAUGGAAUAAUGUAAAUUUAAAAAAAUUUAUUUUUCAGAUAAAAACAAUUUUAUCUUCUUUAUUAUUUUGAUUUGACAUAUCAUCAUCAUGGUUGUUUGUGUUCCAACAUUCCCCCCUCAAGGGCAUCAAAUUUUCGAAAGAUGUGAGGUCACAAAAAAGUUCAAUUUUGGACAGGAUGUGGCCAAGUUUUUAGAGAAGCUGGAGUACUCAGAAGAAUUACAAGAACCUAUUUUGUUCAUUGACUUUUUGGGAAUGAAUCAAAAUCAACGGGAGACUAUACUUAAUUUUAUGGUCCAACAAGGAGCAACAAUUGUUGGUACAUCAGGCACCGUUGUUAAGUUUGACGACUUUGGACAGUUUUAUGAGGCUCAACAAGAAUUGAGAGAUGCACACCCAUGGGCUUUCUAUUCUUCUCCGAACAACACUUGGUCUCCUCUUCAACGCGUGCAAACUAUAAGAACCGCCGUUAUGUAUUUAUACUCUGAAAACAAGUUUGUCAGUAGUGAUAUACAAUUUUUCGAAGUUUGA